GCCGCCACGACCUCGCGAAUCACCUCGGAACGCCAUUGUUGUUGUGGAAGGGCGACGUUGUGUUGCGACGGUAUUUGCAGAUUCUGGGGGAAAAAUAAAUUUCUAUGUUCUCCGUUCAAGGUGCAUGCGGGCAACUGAAUUUCACCUCACACGUGAUUGGCGCCUCAAUUAUUCGACACUUGGGACACGGUUACCGUGCUCCCCACAAGUCGAUAUUGCACAACAUUCAAUAUCCCACGACCUCGACCCGAUCUUUUAUUAUGACCCACCAGAAGAAGGUCAGCCUCAACCCUCACGAUCUUUGGGGUGUCUUGAAAGGCGCCAAUAUGAGUCAAAAUGGCACGGCAGCGGGCCCUGGGCCUGACUCAUCCACCCCUGGUUCCAACGCUUCAAAAAGACCAGUGAGCCCAACAUCAAACAAGAAAGUCCCAAACAGACCAAAAGAGAUGUCUUCCAAGGCAGCCCCGCCGGCAAACCAGCCACCCAAGCAACUCCCGGAUUUCAUCAUUCAGAGAAACGAAUUUUUUGAUCAGCUAAAAAAGCAAUAUGACGAUGACCUCGCCGCGAGAGAAAAGUCGCCCAUACAGAUCAAACUCAUCCCAGCCUCCGGCCAAGAACUCUCCGUCGAAGGCAAAGCCUGGGAGACGACACCAGGUCAGCUGUUGAAGAACGUCCCGAAGGAACGCGCGGGCCAGAUCGUCGUUGCAAAAGUCGACGACAAAGUAUGGGAUCUCGACCGCCCGCUCGAAAAGGACAGCAAGGUCUCAUAUCUCACCUUUAACGACCCCGAAGGCCGCGAUGUCUUCUGGCACUCAUCUGCCCACGUGCUAGGUGAAUGUGCGGAACAUGAGUACGGUUGCCGUCUCUCCCACGGCCCGCCCACAGCCAUGGGCUUCUUCUACGACAUGGCCCUCGAGCCCGGCCAGGCCGUCCGCGAAGCCGACUGGGCAUCCCUGGAGUCUCGCGCGAAGAGAUACUUCAAGGACAAACAGCCAUUUGAAAGGCUUGAAGUCUCCAAAGACAACCUCCGCAAAAUGUUCGGCUACAGCAAGUACAAGAUGCACUAUAUCGAGAAAUUCGUUCCUGACGGCGAAUCGUCCACAGUCUACCGCAACGGCUCUCUCGUCGACCUGUGCCAGGGCCCACACAUCCAGAACACGAAGAGAAUCGAAUCCUUCAAGAUCAUGAAGAACAGCUCCGCCUAUUUCCUCGGCGACCAGAACAACGACUCUCUCCAGCGCAUUCACGGCGUCGCCUUUCCUACCAAGCAGCAACUCAAAGACUGGGAGCACUUCCUCGAAGAGGCCAAGAAGCGUGACCACCAAGCCAUUGGCCAACAACAAAAACUCUUCAUGUUCAGCCGUUUCUCCCCCGGCUCACCCUUCCUCCUCCCGCACGGCACACGCAUCUUCAACGCCCUCCAACAAAUGCUGCGCGAACAAUACUGGGAGCGCGGCUACCAAGAAGUCCAGUCCCCCAACAUGUACGACGUCGAGCUCUGGAAGAUCUCGGGCCACUGGCAGCACUACCAAGACGACAUGUUCCGCGUGCAAGUCAAAGAGGACUCGACCGACCCGAUGCCCCUGUCCGACCAAAAGCCCGACGGCAAGCCCGUCGCCCCGCCCCAAGCGCACGACAAGGACAAGGGCGUCUUCGCGCUCAAACCCAUGAACUGUCCCGGCCACUGCAUCAUGUUCCGCGACGAGGAGCGCAGCUACCGCGAACUGCCGUGGCGCGUGGCCGACUUUGGCGUGCUACACCGCAACGAAGCCUCCGGCGCCUUGUCGGGCCUCACCCGCGUGCGCAAGUUCCAACAAGACGACACGCACAUUUUCUGCACCAACGAGCAAGUCCAGACCGAGAUCGAAGCCCUCUUCGACUUCAUGGAGCACGUGUACGGCCUGUUCGGUUUCCCGUUCAAGCUGAAAUUCUCCACCCGCCCCGAAGGAUACAUGGGCAGCCUGGAGGACUGGGACGCGGCCGAGGCGCGCCUCAAGCAAGCGCUGGUCAACUUCCGCGGCGACGACUGGGAGAUGAACGAGGGCGACGGCGCGUUCUACGGGCCCAAAAUCGACAUCACCAUCUCCGACGCCCUGAUGCGCGAGUACCAGUGCGCCACGAUCCAGCUGGACUUCCAGGGCCCGCAGAACUUCAAGCUCGAGUAUCGCACCGGCGAGAGCGCCGAGGCCGCGCAGCAAUCCGAUGGUCGUGAUGCCAAGGGUCUGACCCCCGGUAUGGCUCGGCCUGUCAUGAUCCAUCGUGCCAUCAUCGGCUCAUUUGAACGGUUCAUUGCCAUCCUGUGCGAGCAUUUCGCAGGCAAGUGGCCCUUCUGGUUGUCGCCCCGGCAAAUCUUGGUCAUUCCAGUCAUGAAAGGUGCAGAGGACUAUGUUCGCGAGAUCCAGUCGAUUUUCCAUAAGGCGAGAAUGUACGUCGACAUUGAUGUCAGUGGGAAUACUCUGCAGAAGAAGAUUCGCUCAGGGCAGUUGGCUCAGUAUAACUUUAUCUUCGUCGUCGGCGCCAAAGAACAAGAAACCCGCACCGUGAACAUCCGCAAUCGCGACGACCCAGAAACCCAAAAAAUGGGUGAACUCAUCCCGCUGCAGAACGCGCUCGAACGGCUCACGGAGCUGCGCGACCAGCGACGUCUCAAGAACAAGAUUGACAUGUCCAACUAGCACUCUGCUCUUGCCAAGCAACAAGCGACAAGUCUGAUAUGUCGGACUAAUUUAGCUUCAUGGUUUUGGGGUCUCGUCAUACAACAAGCUUCUGCAACCUGCCGCAACAGAUCGAACUUGGGUUCCGUCUACGUGUGUACCUCUACACAAACGGUGCCACAUCCCUGUGGCUAGACUAGAAGAGAGGGUGAAAGCAACAGGGAUAUAGCAAUUGAGGGUCGCGGUGUGUUAGAAAGGUGGAAAUCGGACAGAAGGACAAAAGACUUGCCACGAGAGCAUAGCCGCUAUGACGAAGCACGUUAUCAUUGCAAUCUUGUUUGUUCCCACCUCAAGCAAUAGGUGAACCCUUCGUAGAUCAAACGGAUCAAGAGCUACUCGAAAUCAAACACACGAAACAACGAUCAAGAUCGUAUACUUGGCCAGCGCAUGUCAGAUUGCCUGGAACCAAUGUCACUCCUGGUUUUGUGCGGAUCGUCAGGCACACAUGACCGGAUAUCGAAAAGUAGGAAAAUGGUAUAAUUCAACAACUCCAUACCUCAUGCAGCCUGCUCGGGAGUCUCACCCUCAGCAAC